AUGGCGUCCACGCCAAUGGACCUCGACGUUCCCGAUAACGCAUCCCCUGCCAACGGUACACCAUCCACCUCCCUCAAUAUCACCCGUACUCUAGGCGGUGGUCUACCUAGCACAUCAGCUAUCUCCGACAACCUGCACAGCUUCAGACCUACGAAGUUAUUUAAGCGCGACGAUAUUAAAGAUGGACGGCCUCAACCCUUCAUCCUUAGCCUCGAUUAUGACGACCCUGGAGAGCUUCUGAUGACAUCCGAGAGCGACGAGACCAUCCAGAUCUACAAGGUCCGAGAGGGUCGCCAUGACAAGCAGCUCCUUAGCAAGAAAUACGGAGUCAAACACGCUAAAUUCACGCAUAACAGCUCCAGUAUAAUAUACGCGAGCACAAAACAGAAUGAUGCGAUCCGAUACCUAACGACUCACGAUAAUGCAUUUAUACGCUAUUUCGAAGGCCACCAAGCUGCCGUUACAUGCUUGGCAAUGCAUCCCGGUAACGACGACUUCAUCUCCUGCAGCAAGGACAACACUAUACGGCUAUGGAACGCCGGAACGAAGAAUGAGACCGGCAUUUUAUAUCUGAACACACCACAUCUCGCAGCUUUCGAUCCAAGUGGACAAGUCUUCGCCGUAGGAUCGCCUAACAGUGGCGCGGUCUUGCUCUAUGACCAUCGAAAAUUCGAUAAGGCACCAUUUGCAGAAUUCGACAUCGUGGAAGCAUGCGGUUCAAUUGAACCUCAUAAUGCUAUGCAGGGCUGGACCACGCUAGAGUUUGCCAACGACGGACGCUCUAUCUUACUAGGCACGAAGGGAGGAGGUCAUUUCCUUUUAGAUUCGUUUAAUGGCAGCCUGAAAGGAUACCUACGAAAAACCGAGGGCGGAAGUAAUAGGCUGGCGCCUGGUGAAGAAUACAUGCUUAAUGGAGGUGGCCCGAGUGGUGCCAGCGUGGAGAGUAGCGGCGACUGUUGCUUCACACAUGAUGGAAGAUUUGUCAUCGGUGGUGGGAGAAAGGGAGUUAUGGUGUGGGAUACACUAGGUAACGCGUCCGAUAAAAUCUUGGACCCAGUUCACGUUCUAGAAGACGAGAGGCCCGCGGCAGUAGUUGCCAUCAACCCCCGAUUCAACUUCUUCGCGACGGCAGAUCAAGAUCUAGUGUUCUGGUUACCGGAUCCGCAUGCCUAG